UCGAUCGAGUAGGGUCGGUCGUGUUCGCGUUUAACUCUGACGUUCGUGUAUAUUCUGAAAAAAGUCAUACAUUACCGGAUAUCGCGACGUCGUGUCCACUGUGUCCUUUCAAGAGAGAGCGAAAUAAGGAGUUUUUUUUUCAUCGAAAAGGGAAAUCGAGAAAUAAGAAUGAUUCAGCGAAUUCCUCAUUGAAUAGAUCGUUUCAUCGAAUCGGCUAUCAGAUAUGCGUUGGUUUCGUGGCCACGCCGAGGCACCGAGACUCUUACGUCUAAGUCCCUUAAGAGCCGAUGAAGAUGUCAAUGAAGAAGUGUCCUAUCAUUUUCGCGCGAGGUCUCGAUGCAGAGACAUGUCGCCGGUGCGAUGGGCUCGCAGAAAAUCCUCGAGUUCCGAGUCCGAGAGGAACUGUUACAAUGUGCAGACCUCUCAAGUGACAACCGAGCGGGCCUCCAAUAAAAAGGACAAGAAGAGAAUCCAGGAGGAACGGCGGCGAGUGUGCGAGAAGCGAAACCCUCUGUUGGACCGUGUGAAGAGCACCAGGCUGAGCUUCUUCAAGGACCGCGACUCCGACGAGGACGAGAACGACGACGGCGAGGACGACGAGGAAGCGAGACGAGUCCAGUUCCGUUCCAUGUGCGAGCUGAGGCAUCGCGGUCUGACGAGGAACGAGUUGCGGCGCUCGGUCUGCGAGUCCGACCUGAAGGACAGCGCGGUGGAAGAGGAGAAGACGAGCCAGGCAAAGAGGAGGAGACGCGCCAAGUCGCAGAGCAGGUUACCGUACAAGAAGCAGGAGGAACAACGGUUCUCCUUUCUCGGCUUUCGCACCUCGACGCCCCGGAAGCAGCCCGAGUGGCCGCGAGAGACGGAACCGAUCCGGGAAGAUGCGAUGCCGCACGAUUAUCGAUGGGGAAGAACCAAUCGGGAUUUCCUCGACGCGAAUCGUAGCGCAGCCGUUGAUCGCGCGACGGUCGACACCAAGGAAGAGAUACCCAGACACGCCAAUGAGACCGUCUUCAAGAAGGGUGCGACAUUUGACAGCGUUACUCCGUCCAGUUGUUUGGCAGCGAAAUUUCGCGCGAUGCAGGAUAGAUAUCUGAAGAGCUCGACGAACAAGUUGAUCGCCAAGAUUUAUAAGAAGGAUUGCAAGGACAGGGAAAGACGGAGGCUACGUAGUUUCUCUUACGGCACGCUGCCGGGUCUCGAGGAGCUACGGACGAAUCCGCUCUACGAGGAUCAGGAUCAGGACGAUAAUGACUCGGGGAUUCUGGACAACGAUUCCGCCACCAGUUCCCUCUUGGACGACAGAUGUAGCAGCGGUGCUUCGGGAGCUCUGAACAACAGCAGCCAUAACGACUCUUGUCUGGGAUCGCCGCCUCGACUUCCGCCCAGAAGACUCUUUUCGUCUGCUGUGGACGUCGACAGGACCGCGCGGUUGUUCGCCAGUUUGGAUACGUACGACAGGACUAAGGAUGCCUCCGAGACGGGUCUUAUCGAGGAGUACUCGAGCGUUUGCCAAGCCGCGAACGACACGUUGAUAGAUCAAGCCACUCGAGUCUCCGCGGAGAAUAAUAGUACGGAUCGGGAAAGAGAUGAGAGAAACGCGGAUGAGGAUUCUAAACGGAAAAAGCGCACUCCCGGUUUGCAGGUUGUAAGAAGCAGAGCUUAUACAGCAGAGACGAUAGUCGUGAAGCUCCUCAAGGAGACGUCCGAUCAGUGCCUGGGUAUUUUCAUCGCGAAAACCGUCGAGUCCAAUCCGGGUUAUCUGGUAGCUCACGUGGUGCCGAACGGACUGGCUGAUAAAGAGGGCACUCUGAAGAUCGGCGAUGAAAUUCUAAUCGUCAACGGAAAGAGACUGCGCGGUCUGACUAUGGCGGAGGCGAGAAAGAUCCUGGGUAACGGUAGCGGCCCCGGUGACGUCGAUAUUGUCAUCUCGAGAUUAUCGGGGGUCGAUCAGCAAGCGAAAAGGCUGACGGAAAGCAGCGUGGAUUAUGAAAACGUCAGCAUGGAGGAUGGCCACGGAGUGAUCGUUGAGAGCUCGCCCAGCUCGCACUUCAGGAAACAUCAGACCAGGUGUCAUCGAGACAGGAAGGACGAGUCGAACAGAUCGAUCUCGUCUGAGAAAUUUGCUACGAAUGUAGACAGCACGUUCACGCAGAGUAUCUCCAAAUUCUGCACCCUCCCGAGAAGACCGCGGAAUACCGUGUCCACGUUUCUUACGGUGCUUUUCGAGAAAGGAACCGGGAAAAAGUCUCUGGGCUUCACUAUAGUUGGCGGAAGAGACAGUCCGAAAGGAAACAUCGGUAUCUUCAUAAAGUCGGUACUACCUAGUGGUCAAGCUGCCGAAGAUGGCCGUUUGCGCGCAGGAGACGAGAUUUUGGCUGUGAAUGGCCAGGUCUGUCACGACUUGACGCAUCGCGAAGCCGUACAACUCUUCCGCAAUAUUAAAAGUGGACCGGUUGCCUUGCACCUGUGUAGACGCGUGAAAAAUCGUGAAUCGCAAAUGCCGAAAGCCAAGUCGUGUGCAGAUCUUUUGAUGAUAGACACGUAAUGGAGACGUAUGAUAUGAUGUUUCAUCGAUGGCUCGCUAAAUCAUCGUUGAAAGAGAGACAGGCAAUAUUGAAAGUAAAAUGUAAAAUACAAAUCAUGUAUAUAUUGUAAAUUUUCAGAAUUCG